AUGGAGAAGGAAGGAGGGUUGCCCGAAGCGGGGGUUAUUAAUCAGCCACUACUUUCGGAGGAGAAGAUAGAGGAAGCUUCGAGAAGGAGCACCCUGGCCGUUUCGGAUCCUAAGGAAACUGUUCAAACAGAAUCCCAUGAGGGACCCAUCAGGGUUGCUUUGGAGGAAGCGAUGGCGGAGAAGCAGCCUGAAAUGGUUGAGGAGAAGAAGAAGAAGAAGAUCAAGGAGGAGAGGGCUGAAGAAGAUGAGGAAGCCCAUCCAAUCAAGAAGAAAGAAAGAAAAACGAGUGAAAAGAAGGAACGCAAGCGGGAGGAGAAGCGCCUGAAGAAGGAGGAAGAGAAGAGAAAGAAGGCUGAGAGCCUAGAAAUCGACGAAGAAUCCACCUCCGCAAGGGUGGAUAAGGGGGAGUAA